CGGGCGGGGGACGCUGGGGGAGACGGGGGAGGAUGACAGAGUAGAGGCAGAAAGUGGACUAAGUUCAAUGAGUGCUCUCACUCAGUCAGCACCAUGCUAACUGUGACUGUGAGAGAUGUGACCAGCGCUGGACUCCUGUUGUGCCUGUACGCCUGAAGUUCAAACUUUGCAAUCCUUCCCAGUUUGUUUCUGAAUUUGGAACCCGCCACUGAGCAUUACCGCCUGGGCUCCGGCCAUUUCAAGGAAAGUUUGCUAUUUGCUAGCUUUUGGACCAUUCUUAUUCGGGCGAUGAGUGAAAGGAGGCGAUCAGCAGCUGCCCUGAGUUCAAGGGCUCACGCCUUCUCGGUGGAAGCACUGAUCGGGACAAAUAAAAAGCGGAAAAUUCAGGAAUGGGGCGAGAAGACUAUGGAACUGAGUGUGGACAGUAUAAACCCGGACUCGGACCUUGCAGACACAGUGGAUUCAAGCCAGUGUAUGGAGAUCAACUCCGAGUCCCAGCUGAGCUCAGAUCAGGAACACAGCCCAGGAGCAGACGGUGAGAGUCCAACCCAACAUACUGCUUGUUCCUACAGCUCUCCUGCAGAACUCACUCCUAACUCCACCACAUCUCUUCCAACCUCCUCCAUGGAUGAGAUUCAGAUGGAAUUGCAAUGUGUUGAUCUUUGGAAAAGAUUUCAUGACAUUGGCACUGAAAUGAUUAUUACCAAAGCUGGAAGGCGAAUGUUCCCAGCAAUUAGAGUGAAAAUCACAGGGCUGGAUCCUCAUCAGCAAUACUAUAUAGCAAUGGAUAUCAUUCCUGUUGACAACAAGAGAUACCGAUAUGUUUAUCACAGUUCAAAGUGGAUGGUGGCUGGAAAUGCGGAUUCACCAGUGCCUCCUCGGGUCUACAUACAUCCAGAUUCUCUCGCUUCUGGUGACACAUGGAUGCGACAAGUCAUCAGCUUUGAUAAACUCAAACUUACAAACAAUGAGUUGGAUGAUCAAGGACAUAUAAUUCUUCAUUCCAUGCAUAAAUACCAGCCGCGGGUGCAUGUGAUCCGAAAGGACUUCAGCAGCGAGUUGUGUCCAACCAAGCCGGUGCCUGCAGGAGAGGGGGUAAAAACAUUCACUUUCCCGGAGACCGUCUUCACCACAGUUACAGCAUAUCAGAACCAGCAGAUUACAAGGCUGAAGAUCGACAGAAAUCCGUUUGCCAAAGGAUUCCGAGACUCUGGCAGAAACAGAACUGGCUUAGAGGCCAUUAUGGAGACAUAUGCCUUCUGGAGACCUCCUGUUCGGACCCUCACAUUUGAGGAUUUUACCAACAUGCAAAAGCAACAAGGAGGUAGUACUGGAACAUCACCAACAACUUCUAGCCCAGGAACUCCAUCCCCUUCAGCAUCUUCCCAUCUACUGUCUCCAUCCUGCUCCCCGCCUACUUUCCACCUGGCCCCCAACACUUUUAAUGUUGGCUGCAGGGAAAGUCAAUUCUGCAAUCUCAACCUCUCUGAAUAUCCAGCCUGUGCCCGAGGCAACAUGGCUACCCUGCAGAGUUAUCCAGCUCUAGCUGAGGGUGGAUAUAAUCGACUACAAGGUCCCAGUGCUUCUUCUCAACCACCGUCAGAAACGUUUGUUCCACAGAAGACAUCUUCACUAAUCUCUGCAGUACCCACCCCUUCUUCUCUGCAAGGCAACAACAAGAUGGAUGCUUACAGCAGUCAACUCCCACCAUUUACUGCUUCCCAGUUUCAGUACGUCAUGCAAACAGGAAGUCCUAAUUCUAACACCUCUUCAUCUCACAUGUUUAGUGGUAGUCAUGUCCAACAGAGUUCCUACAAUGCCUUCUCAUUACACAACCCAUAUAACCUUUAUGGUUACAACUUCUCUGCCUCCCCCAGACUGGCAGCCGGCCCUGAGAAACUUAAUGCCUCCCAAAGCACUUUACUCUGCUCCUCUUCUCCCAAUGGGGCCUUCAGCGAGAGACAGUUCUUGUCCACGGGAAUGGAUGGGAUGCAUAUGAUUGGCUCCACUCCUUCCCAGCAGCCUCAGAAUACUUGUGACACCAGACAAUAUGGGACUGUCCCAGGGAAUUCUUCUCAAAUGUCAGUGCAUAUGGUAUAAAAAGAAUAUUUAACAAAAAGUCUUUACCUGAGUUUGUCCAUACACACGUAGCACUAUGCACUAGUGGUUGAUGUCAAUACUAGCAGCAGUAAAAUUAUGUCUCCAAAGUGUAUUAAUAUUAAUCUUCCCAAUUUCAGUUAAAAUCCUACAAGGACCCAGAACAGAAUGGUCUUUGAAACUGUAAUGAUAUUGGGAGAAACAAGCCCUAAGUAAAACUAUAUUGAACACAGAAAAUGUAAAUGUAAUUGGGUAUCUAUCAUUGUCUAGAAUGUGAUAUAUUUACCCUGUUACACAACA